UCGCCCUCUAUCAAACCUGGACCUACAAAUUCAUGCUAUUUCCUUUCCCUUUGUUGAAUCUGCACCUUUAACAAUUCCCAAGUCCUAAAACCAGUUCGAAAAGUUCGGUUUCUACUUUAUUUCAUACUUGUAACUUGUCCAUCAUUUAACAGCAUAAAUAUUAUUAAUAAUGCUGCACGUAUCGUAAUUUGUCUCCAUUUUUUGAACUCACUGCUCCACCCCAUAAAUACGCGUCGUCACAAAUAUACGAACCUCAGCAUUUCUACCGGACAUGAUUUCCCAAAACUUAAUAAUUCUGCUUGCUAGGACUGCGCCUUGCCAUAAAUAAAAAUCCACAUAAAUCGUAAGUCUCGACUGGGAUUUUCGUCUUGUUGUUGUCAUUAUGUUCAUGACGUUGAAAUUCACUUAAUAUUGUCCUGCCCCUGCAUCGCCCAUUCUUUUUCUUCCUCAGCUUUUUUUCCCUUCGUUUCAAGUAUACCCUCGUUUCGUACCUUUGAUGUUGUAUUUAUUCUUUUAUUUGCUUUCAUCUCCCUUCCUAAGCAAGAAUCCUACGCCAAGAACAGGUAAUGGAAAAUAAUCACCAAUCGAGCCCUUUAACGUUGAGAGAUAUGGAUAACUCUGGUGUGGGAUCGAGCGGUAGCGGCGGUAACCAAGGUGGAGACCAAGGAAGUUCUGGAAGUUCUGUAGGCCCAGAUCAAAAUAGUUAUGCAUCGAGUGGAAGUCAGGCGAUAAGAGACUACAAUGCUCAAAUAACAACCGCUUAUCAAUCCACACCUACAUCUGCAUCUACACUCGAGAGUCCAACGAACUCGGCAAUCCCAAGCUCUACUUCCUCUACGUCGGGCGGAUCAUCAAAUGACCGAGCAGCAAUAAUAGGAGGCGUACUUGGAGGCGUCGGAGCAUUAUUGAUCAUAUCUCUCAUUGCUCUUUAUCUAUUGCAAAAUAGGAAGACUAAAAAGGCCGCUGCUCAAAAGCGAGUUACUCAGCAAGUAUCCUACAAUAGAUUAAACUCUUCAUUUGCUGGUGUACCCUUUAUCAAGAGGAAUAGUCAAGCUAGUGACAAUGAGAUAUCACCACCACCGAUGGUUGCCGAUACCUCAUACCAAGGAGCACAUAUGAGAGGAGGACAAUCAAGCUACCCUGAUUUAUCCAGUGAUAUGGAAACCGAUCGAUUCCUACCGAGUGACGAAGAAUCUCAACAGAGAAUGGCCGGCCGAGUCCAUUCAUCAUUCGAUCAUCUCGCCACACCAUCCAUAUCAGGAGAUCCAUUUACAGAUCAAAAUCGUCUUUCUCAAAUAUCAGGGAAUACUGCUUCCCCUCCUAGACCAGGAAAACUCGUCCGACAUGAUACUAUGGGAUUUCCUCUCGACGACGACGAUACCUCAUAUAUCGGACCAGACGGUGAAGAGCACCGCCUCUCCAGAAUAAUGCACAGUCCUCGCGCCUCAGUUUUCGAACCCACCAUCAUGUCUCCCUCCCCAAUCCGCCCCACCAUCUCUCAUGAAAAUCUCGAACGAGGUUUUUCACAAAGCCAGGAUCUAAAUCAAAGUCGACCCAUACCCCAACAUCUCAAUUCACUUUCCUCAAAUUAUGAUAACCCAGAAUUCGAGAAUGAAGACAGUGAUUUACCACCAAUUCAAUCAUAUGGAGGUCAACAAACUACGUCUCCUGUUCCUAUGCAAUCCGGUGCAUGGAUUGCUGCACAUCAUCCACAUUUAGCUGCUGCUUUCUCUAUGGGUGAUGUACAUAGGAAUAUGAGUACAAGAACUCAAAGCAGUUUUGCACCAAGUGUGAUUAGUGAUACGGAAUUAGAUAGACUGGGAGUGGGACAGAGGCCGUGAGGAGCAAGAAAAUGAAAGUGGAAGAGGAAUGAUAAUAUGAAUUUAAUUUUAUAGAUUAGUG